AUGGACAUUCCCCGGCGAUGGCGACCCCCCCUUCCUCAGCCUCCUCUCCUCCUCUUCCUCCUUUCCUCCUUCCCGCUCCUGCUGCAGGCCCGGCCGCUCGCCCUCCAACCGUCCGUCAACGUGGCGGUGGUGUUCAGCGGCUCCAGCUACCAGAGCGAGGUCAGGGGUCGCCUCAGCGCGGAGAACUUCGCCGACAUGCCCGUGUCGGUCCACCCCGUCACGGUGCUGGUCAAUGACACCAACCCCAGGGACAUUCUCACGCGCCUCUGCGACACCAUGGCAACCGAGAAGCUGCAUGGUGUGGUGUUUGAGGAUGAUGUGGGCUCUGGUGCUGAUGCUCAGGUGGCAGAAGUGGCUCAGAUUUUGGACUUCCUGUCUACUCAAACGGCUCUUCCCAUUGUGGGCAUCAGCGGAGGCUCAGCAGUGGUCAUACCACACAAGGAUGAAGGCUCCACCUUCCUGCAGAUGGGAGUUUCCCUUGAGCAGCAAACACUCUGCAUGUUUAAGCUCAUGGAAGAGUAUGACUGGGGCGAUUUUGUGGUGAUCACCAGCUUUUUGCCGGGAUAUGACACCUUUGUGGAUAUAGUCCACUCCUACACUGAUACUUCCUACUUCCUGUGGAACCUACAGGACGUCCUGUCUCUAGAGAUGUCCGUCGGGGCUAACGAUGCGAGGACAAAACGCAUGCUGCAACAGGUAGACUCACAGGUCCUGCUGGCUUAUUGCUCCCAUGAGGAGGCUCAGUAUCUGUUUCGUCAGGCGUCUGAAGUGGGCCUGCUGGGGCCAGGCUAUAUCUGGAUCCUCCCUAGCCUGGCUGUUGGCAACCCUGACAGCCCUCCGCCAAUCAGCUUCCCCGUCGGUGUGAUUGGCGUGAUCACGGACCACUGGAAGAAGAGCUUGCGGCAGCGGGUGAGGGAGGGUGUGGCCAUUGUGGCUAAAGGGGCAGAGAGCUUCAAGAAGCAGAAAGGUUUUGUUCCUGAGGGACACAGCGACUGCGGCACGCCGGCCAAACACUCGGACAACAACACUCUGUUCAGGCACAUGCUGAAUGUGACGUGGGAGAAGAAGGACCUGUCGUUCAACAGCCAAGGCUUCCUCACCAACCCUUCCAUGUUCAUCAUCGCUCUGGACCGAGAGAGACUCUGGGACAAGGUGGGCACGUAUGCUCGGGGGAUCCUUCAGGUGCGCUAUCCAGUCUGGCCUCGCUACGGCAGCUUCCUGGAGCAGGUGUCUGAUGACCGUCACCUGACUGUGGCCACGCUCGAGGAGCAUCCCUUCGUUAUGGUAGAGAAUGUGGACCCUGGCACCGGCACCUGCGUCCGCAACACGGUGCCCUGCAGGCGUCAGUCCAACCGCACCGAGAGUAUUAUUGGCUAUUCAGAGUCCUACACCAAACUGUGCUGUAAAGGUUUCUGCAUAGACAUCCUGAAGAAGCUCUCCCGCACCAUCAAGUUCUCCUACGACCUCUACCUGGUCACCAACGGCAAACAUGGCAAGCUGGUCCGCGGGAUCUGGAACGGCAUGAUCGGAGAGGUGGUCUACGGACGAGCUGACAUGGCCAUUGGCUCCCUCACUAUCAAUGAGGAGCGAUCUGAGAUCAUUGACUUCUCUGUGCCGUUCGUUGAGACGGGCAUCAGCGUCAUGGUGGCUCGUAGCAAUGGGACUGUUUCUCCGUCAGCCUUCCUUGAGCCCUACAGUCCAGCAGUCUGGGUCAUGAUGUUUGUGAUGUGCCUCACUGUUGUGGCAGUGACCGUCUUUGUGUUUGAGUACUUCAGCCCCGUUGGAUACAACCGCAGCCUGGUCAGUGCUAAAACUCCUGGAGGUCCAACAUUCACCAUAGGAAAGUCAGUGUGGCUGCUUUGGGGAAUCGUCUUCAACAACUCCGUCCCCAUUGAAAACCCCAAAGGAACCACCAGUAAGAUCAUGGUCCUGGUCUGGGCCUUCUUCGCUGUCAUCUUCCUGGCCUCCUAUACUGCAAAUCUGGCUGCGUUUAUGAUCCAGGAGCAAUAUAUUGACACGGUGUCCGGACUUUCUGACAAGAAGUUCCAGAAACCACAUGAACAUUACCCGCCUUUUCGCUUCGGCACGGUCCCCAAUGGCAGCACGGAGAGAAACAUCCGCAGUAACUACCCUGACAUGCACACGCACAUGGUCAAAUACAACCAGAAGGGGGUGGAGGAAGCUCUCGACAGUCUCAAGAUGGGCAAGCUAGAUGCAUUCAUCUAUGAUGCUGCUGUUUUAAACUAUAUGGCUGGGAAGGAUGAGGGCUGCAAACUUGUCACCAUCGGUAGCGGGAAAGUGUUUGCAACCACUGGCUAUGGCAUUGCCCUGCAGAAGGACUCCCGGUGGAAACGACCCAUUGACCUAGCUCUGCUGCAGUUCCUAGGCGAUGGAGACACCCAGCGCCUGGAGACAGUGUGGUUGUCAGGCAUCUGCCAGAAUGAGAAGAAUGAGGUAAUGAGCAGUAAGCUGGACAUUGACAACAUGGCGGGGGUCUUCUAUAUGCUGCUGGUGGCCAUGGGCCUCAGUCUGCUGGUAUUCGCUUGGGAACACUUGCUGUACUGGAAGUUACGACACUCCCUGCACAAGUCACACAAACUUGACUUCCUGUUGGCCAUCAGCAGGGCUAUCUACAGUUGUUUCAAUGGAGUGGAGGACACCGGGCGUUCCUCUGGCUUGGCCAACCCUGACCUGACCACCAAUUAUGCUCAGGCUAAUGUACUGAAGAUGCUCCGCACUGCUAAGGACCUUGUAUCUACUGCGAAUGUGGAGAGCUCACUGGACAACGCCACCAAGACAAUUGAGCAGUGGAGCCGACAUGGCAGCAGUGUACCCAUUCGAGCUUCUCAGGUUACCACUGAGCCAGUUCCUGGGGGGUUUGCCUAUGUGACGGAGAACCACUCCCCUGUCCUCCAGCGUUCCCUCACCCCGCCACUGAUCAACGUGACGUCUCUGAAACAACAGAGGAGUGUGACUAGGCCCACGCCACUACGUUACACACUCCCAGCCCGCUCCUCCUCAUGUCUGUACGACAGGCCUCUCCCGGUGUCCAGCCUCAGCAGUCCUCACCUGGCUGGGUCAGACCCCCUCCCUUACCAACACCCCCAGCAUUACCAGACCACUGGAAGACUCUACGUAGACACCCAUCCUCGCUCGCCUUUCAUACCAUACACGGAUCUCCAACUGCCUGACAUAUACGCCUCCCACCCUGUUGCCUCUCUGUCCCCCCAGAACCAAUCUGUCUAUGAGGGCUUUUCAAGAAGAAAAAGGAGGUCCAAGAGCUUCCAGUGUGAAGAUUUGGGUGCAGAGAGGAGAAAGCACAGAGACCAGGAGAACAGUGGAAAAAUUCCUGUCUAUUUGACUGAACUCAAACCCAACCACCUCCUGAACAACCAUGUCUCAGCCCCCAGCAUUGACAACCUCUACCCAGGAGAGGAGGUCUGUCCUGGGGGAGACAGUUAUGGCUCUUGGCCUCCAGAGGAGCUUGUUCUAAGAGGAAGACGCAGGCAUCGCCGUCCCUCCUUCAUCAAAGCGACAUGGGGCAGCGAACGCCAGCAUGACGAAUCGCCGUCCUCUGUCUCCCCAUCCAGCCAAUCCCCCUCCACACUGCCAGACCUGUUCCCAUGUGUUCUCACCCCAUCCACGCCUUCAAAAGCCUAUAGCCCUGCACAUCUUCAGAAUAACCUGUGCCUCCCACGGAACCAGGCCUACCUCCACAUAAGGCAGGACCAGAGGAGGCCCAGUGGGCGUAAGGGCCAGAAGCUACGUUACUCCCACUCUACCCACCUGCCCACCUAUGGAGAGGCAGUACGACAUGGGAGCCGGGGGGAGCUGGGAGUGGUCCGGAGAGCAACCAGCCUCCUCAGCAGACAGUAUUCCCACUAUCUGAACUCCUAUCCUGGGCUGCCCCUCUACCAUGGUCCCCUGGACCUGCAGCCUCACAUUCAGACAACCACCGGCCACCCAAACCCUGUGUGCCAGCUGUUGGCUUGUGGUGGUGGGCGAUGUGGGGGCCAGCAGGCCCUUCUGUGCCAGGAUAGCCUUUAUGGGGCCUAUGGGGUCUACCAGGGGAGCCAGGGUGGAUUGGAGGCCCAUCCAGGCCAGGGGACAGGAGGACAACCUGAUGGGAGCCCCUGUGUACUACAGCCCUGGAGGCGGGUGUCCAGCCUGGAGUCUGAGGUCUGA